UUGCAUACACGUCGCAAAAAAUCAACCUACUUCCGGUAAAUUUGACAGGUGGAUAUUUCACCUGUUUUCGCAUAUUUUCGUAACUUCAUCCUUCAAAUAAUGUCCAGUUUCGGAAAAAGACCAGACGGGACAGAUGGUAGUGAUCACUGGCAUCGUGAAAGUGUCGCCUGGCAAUACAAAAUAAGCUCUAUAAAUAAAGGAAGAUUGAAGACUACUUUAUGUACACAGAUACUGUUUGGACUGGUCAUCAUAGUGCGGCUACUGCCUGGCCUUACUGCCUUACUGGGACUGCCAAUAUACAAGCGACUGCAGUUAUGGGACUUACCAGCACCGAAAGCAUGGGAGUAUGCCUGGAUUGUGAGUCUUGUAGCAGCUGUAUUGGGCCUGAAAUCUCUUUCGAAGAAUGACUCGCUUAUCUUGAAACAGUCCCUCAUUGGAACUGUGGUAUUUGGAGUCCUCCCUGUGUUGUACGGACUCAUAGAACUUGCAGACGAUUUGUUGAUCUACUAUAGAGAACGGAAAUACUCGUCUCAGAUUUUAGGUUUUCCGUCAGUGCUAGUGUGGUACUUGUGUUUGAUCAUCUGUUUUCAAAUGCAUGCCUUUGCCAUGUACUUUGGUGCCAAUCUCUUAAAAGCCUGGAAACCAAGAGAUAAGAAAACCAAAUAGGUGUGAUGGAUAGUCACUAGGAAAUGUUUAUGAGAAACACUCUGGGAAAAUGAGGCUAUUUGCAUGAGCGUGAAUUGUCAUCCCAGAUAAGCCUCCGCACUCUGCAAAGGCUUAUCAGGGACAACACUUUCCGCUUUUUAACAAAUAUUUUUCAUUAAAAAGAGAUCUCUUCAGAGCGAUAAUCCAGUUUAGGCACAAAGUGUGGUCUUUGAUUAGCCUGUGUGGACUGCACAGGCUUGUCUAGGAGGACACUUUAUGAACGUGCAUCAAGCUUCUUGUCCCAGAGUGCGGCUCUUAUUUAUAUAAAUUUUAUUUUGUGUUCAUUUCCAUACAAAAACUGGUCAAAUUCCUUUAAACUGUAUUGGUUUAAACCUUGCAAAUAUUUACAUAGAACUGAUUAUACAAUAGUAGUGUGCCAUUGAGUUAUUGGGACAUGUCUCAUCAAACCAGUUUUAUUUGACUUUCUUCAUAAGUAUGUCUUGCAUCCUGUUCUUUCAGUAAACAAUACAGACAUCUUUUUUUUAUUUGAGUGACUGUUGAUUGUGGAAUUGAAAUUUUAUUGGUUGAAGAAUUUGGUUGUUUGUGGGACAUGUCUGUGUAUUCCACUUUGAUAGCAUUUACAGCAAUGCCCCAAAUAUGUUUGGAUUGUUUUUGUGUAUUCAUUUGUUUGAACUGGUAAGCCAUAUCUAAUAAUGCUCAAUAUAUGUAAACUAAUGUAUGUUGUUUUAGUUAUAAAUUAUAAUAGAAUAUUACAAUCCACUCACUAAAAAUUGGGUAACAUUAUACAGAGAAAAACAUUUGAUUUUUGUUUAUUAUUUCCAAUUUGUACACAAAAUUUGUAUGCUAUACAUAUUUUUAGUAAAAAAAAGGUAUUUAAUUUUUAUUUAAAUACGCGUAAAAACAUGCUGAAAUUAUUAAUUGUUGUAUGAGUAUGGAUGAGUCUUGUUUAAGACACAUUAGUUUAACUCUACAUUAUUUUUAAUAGAAUUUAAUGUCAAUUAAAAUUUCACAAUGAUUCUAGGCAUGUACAAAAUUAUGCUAACAUAAUCAGUUUAUUUACACAAAAACUCAGUUUGAAUCUAUUUUAAAUAAGCUUAAAUUCUGUUAAAAACUGCAAGUUUACUUAUAUACUUCUUGUUUUUUUUUAUUGUCACAUGGUUUCUUUUUUCCUAUUUGCUUUUGUGAUUGUCAUCUAUGCAUUUUUUUCUUAAAUUUGCUUGCCACUAAUCCUAAUAAACUGUUUCUAAAUUAUGUUUCCAUGUUUUCAAUAUGCAUGUAAUAAAUGAUUUCAGUGUUA